AUGAGUGUGAACAAUGAAGAACCUGAAAUAAUCUCUCUUUGUGAUGAUUUGGUAGAAGACUUGGUGCAUGUUGAGUCAGAAAUAGUAGAAAAUCAAAAUGAUGUAGACUUGCCUACGAAUGAUUUCAAUCAAGCUUUUGCAUCUAAAUGGCCUUUGGAACCAUGUCUUGAUAUGGUAUUCGAUGACUCAGAAGAUGCUCAUGCAUGUUAUAAAGCAUAUGCAAGGCGAAAGGGUUUUAGCAUUCGAAUAAAUCGGUCAUCCAAAGAAGAUAAAUCAUUGGUUGGAGUGGAAUACGUUUGUUGGAGGGAAGGGUUUCGUCAUAAAAGUUAUGAAAAUAAAGAAAGAAAAGGUCCAAAACCUGCAAAAACUAGAGUGGGAUGCAAAGCAAUGAUGAGUUUAAAGAAAAAAGAAGAAGCAUGGAUUGUAACUAAGUUUGUGGACAAUCAUAAUCAUGAACUUCUUACUCCUAAGAGUACAAGUUUGCUUCGAGGACAUAGAGUGAUAUCACGUGCCCAAAAAAAUCUUAUAGAUACACUCAAUGAGGCAAGUGUACCUACAAGGAAGAUAAUGUCAGUGUUGAGUAACGAAUCUGGUGGUGACUAUAAUGUUGGUUGUGUUGCGGUUGAUGUUCAAAAUUAUUGGGGCAGUAAAAGAAUAACAUUACUUCAAGAUGGAGAUACACAAAGAAUGUAUUGCCAUUUUACUGAGUGUCAAUUAAAAAAUCCAGGUUUUGUAUAUGCAAUUCAAGUUGAUGAACAAGGGCGCAUGGGAAAUUGCUUUUGGGCAGAUGCUAGGUCAAGAACUGCAUACCAACAUUUUGGAGAUGUCGUUACUUUUGACGCUACUUACUUAACAAAUUGCUAUGGGAUGCCUUUUGUUCUUUUUACUGGGGUUAACCACCAUCACUAA